AUCUCGGCGAUACGGGUGCAGAUGAAAUUGAAAAAACCGAUAAACUACAACAUCUUUGGUCAAAAGUCGCUCCUUUGAUUAAACAAAAAAAGCUUCGGGCAAUAUUCAUCGAAGUUUCAUUUCAAAAUAAUGAAAAAUUAGCUAAUGAACUUUAUGGUCAUUUAACACCCAAAUUAUUAAUGAAAGAAAUGAUCAAAUUGCGUAAUUUAACUUGGGAACAAAUGGAAAAAGAUUCACGAGGCAGUGGAACAAAAGGAGAUGCUCUAAAAGGUUUACAUAUAAUUAUCACUCACAUGAAACCGUCGAGACGGUUCAUUGUACCCCAUAUUGAAGAUAAAGAAGAGCAUAUUAAGAAAGAGCUGCUUAAAGAAAAUCAAGAUUUAAAACUUGGCUUAAAAUUCCAAUAUCCAAAACAAGGGAAAUUAAUGAGAUUUUGA